AUGGAACCAAGGAACAAUGUGUCUUACUUUGUCCUCUUGGGUCUCACGCAGAAUCCAAAGGAGCAGACAGUUCUUUUUUUUAUGUUCUUGCUCUUCUAUAUUUUGACCAUGAUAGGCAACAUGCUCAUUGUUGUGACUGUAACUUUCAGUAAGAGCCUGGGCUCACCAAUGUACUUUUUUCUUGGUAGCUUGUCAUUUAUGGAUGUCAUUUAUUCCUCAUCUAUAUCCCCCAAACUGAUUUCAAACUUGUUCUUUGGGGAAAAUACCAUAUCCUUCCAAUCUUGUAUGGCUCAGCUCUUCACAGAGCACUUUUUUGGUGGAUCAGAGGUCUUUCUUCUGCUGGCGAUGGCCUAUGACCGCUAUGUGACCAUCUGUAAGACUUUGCAUUAUUUGGUUAUCAUGAGGCAAUGGGCGUGCAUUGCACUGCUGGUAGUCUCCUGGAUUGGAGGUUUUCUGCACUCAGUAAUUCAACUUAGCACUAUUUAUGGGCUCCCAUUCUGUGGCCCCAAUGUCAUUGAUAAUUUUUUCUGUGACAUGUACCCCUUAUUGAAACUCAUCUGUACUGACACCUAUGUCAUUGGAUUCUUAGUUGCGGCCAAUGGUGGAUUGAUCUGUACUAUUGUAUUUCUCCUCUUACUCAUCUCUUAUGGUGUCAUCUUGCACUCUUUGAAGAAUUUAAGUCAGGAAAGGAAGUGGAAAGCCCUCCAGACCUGUGGUUCCCAUAUCACUGUGGUUGUCUUCUUCUUUGUUCCCUGUAUUUUCAUGUAUAUGAGACCUGCUAAGACCUUUCCCAUUGACAAAUUACUGAGUGUGUUUUACACAGUCAUAACCCCCAUGCUGAACCCAUUAAUCUACACUCUGAGAAAUUCAGAAAUGACUAAUGCUAUGAAGAAGCUCUUGAGAAGAAAUGUCAUAUCCUGUGGUAAAUAA